AUGCGCUUAUCGGUCUAUGUUCUACUCUGCCUGGCCGCUGCGCUGACCAUCAUCCAAGCGCAACAGCUAUCGCCAUCGUCAAUCACGUGCGAGGAAGCUCCAGGACCUACGAUCAUCAAAGACGACUGUCAAAAGAGCUUGCGCCAGUUCCCUACUGAGGCGAACGUGAUUUCCUGGGAAGGCGGGCACAACUUCCGAUCUUGUGGAACCUGCAACAUAACUAUCACUGAACCCAGUUUGCCCUACACUGCAUUGCGUCGCACCGCCUACUAUAAAUAUGUGUUGACUGCGAUGACCCAUGGCCUCGAUAAAUGUAUGGGAAAAUUCACCAACGCGACAAUUGGUACCUCUGGGCGCAUUUCGGUCUUAUUGGCCCCUGGCAACGGGGAAAAGUGCCGAAAACACUAG